AUGUUUUCUACGAUCUGCUGGAACACACGUUCAGCCAGGCGGGGAGAUGCGGAUUGCACUGAAACAAGGUGUCAAGACUUGUUUUCACCGAUUGCCGAACCUCGAGCGAUUUUUGCGCAAGUGCAAGGAAGUCUUCAGUGCGAAUCAUUGACCGCACUACAUCAACACUUGCUGCUUCUGAUUGCCAAAUCAAGGAUAUUUACACAGUGCGAUGCGGCGGAUAAACCAAGCCUUUUUACGUAUGAUACACACUCCGGCGGCUAUCCGAUGCCCAACGUUGCGAUAUACGACGAGAAAUCAGACACAGAGAUCAAAAAAGAAGAACAUGCAUCCCAUGUGCUUCCAGCUGACUUGCAGCAUGGAUCCGCCGCUUUUCAAAAACGACCUCCAUGGAUUCUGACGCGUGAUUAUACCAGAGAUUCACGUGCCAAUUCUGACAGUUGGCGUAUUCUUUCCGCCGAGUUGGAUAUGAUCCGACAUUCAAAGCUUAUCAAGCCAUUGCGAAACAGGCGGUACAAGCAUCCGCGGCAAGAUCCUUUUGUAUGGGGACGUCGAAGCCAUCUGAGUAUCAGCUGUUCAUGGUUAGAAUAA